GAAAAGGCUUGGCCUAGUGACGAAAGGGAUGUUUUGCUAACGUGUAGCCACAGUAGGCUAACUUUGUCUAACAGUUCGCUUCUUACUCUAAACCCCCCUCUGAAGUGAAGGCUCUUCGGAAUAUUUUAACAUAAAUGUGAAUCUUUUUCAACAUUUUUUUCAAAGCGAGACAUGAACGGGAGUACGAACCCGCUGCUGGACAAAGAGGAGCACGUCCUGAAGCUCGGAGAGAGCUUUGAGAAGAGGCCGAAAUCUUCCUUCCACACAAUCCGAUAUGACUUCAAACCAGCGUCCAUCGACACGAGCUGUGAGGGAGAGCUGCAGGUCGGGAAAGGAGACGAAGUCACCAUCACGUUACCUCACAUUCCGGGCUCCACUCCUCCCAUGACGGUGUUCAAAGGAAACAAGCGGCCGUACCAGAAGGACUGCGUGCUCAUCAUUAACCACGACACCGGGGAGUUCGUGUUGGAGAAGCUGAGCAGCAGCAUCCAAGUGAAGAAAACCAGGGCGGAGGGCAGCAGUAAGAUCCAGGCGCGGAUCGAGCAGCAGUCGGUCCGGUCCAGUCAGCCCAGCUCUCAGUUCCGGGCCCCCACUAAGCCCGGGGCCAAGACCUCCCCGUCUCCCUCUAAAGACGACCCGUCGCCGGAGCCUCAGCUCGAUGACAUCAAGAGAGAGCUGCGAGCGGAGGUGGAGGUGAUCGAGCAGAUGAGCAGCAGCAGCUCCUCGGACUCGGGCAGCGCCUCGGGGAGCGGAGACGACAGCAGCAGCGACGGCGAGCGGGACGCCCCCCCCCCCCGACCGCUCAGCCAGACGUCCCCCAACCGCCAACCGGCGUUCAACGGGGGAGCCGAGCGGCAGCCGGGCAACAACCAGCUCAUGAACACGCUCCGAAACGAUCUUCAGCUCAGUGAGUCGGGCAGCGACAGUGAUGACGACUGAAGUCUCUGCUGGUCUGAUCUCUUCCUCCUCCUCCUCCUCUUCCUCCUCCUGCCCUCCUUCCUGUGAUUGCUGACUUCAGCUGUCCGUCAUGUUCUGUUUGUACUUUUUGAUUCUAUUAUUUUUAGCAUCUCUUCCAUUCUGGAACUUUAAGAGUGUAUUUUGUAUUAGAUGUAUAUUUAGUUUUUGUAUAGUGAGAUGUUUACUUCAGAGGUUUUGGGAAGAUUAUA